AUGGACGGUAAGGUCCACGGAGGUCUCGCGCGUGCCGGUAAGGUCAAGGGUCAGACCCCUAAGAUCGAGAAGGUCGAGAAGAAGAAGACCCCCAAGGGUCGCGCCAAGAAGAGGAUUCUCUACACCAAGCGUUUCGUCAACGUCGUCGUCGGUCCCGGUGGCCGCAAGAGGGGACCCAACGCCAACGUGCCCGCUGAGGACAAGAAGAAAUAA